AUGAUGGCAAAUGUGAGGGGGCAGAAGGAUGGGAAGUGUGAGGGGAAAAUGGUGGAAAAUGAAAGGACCAAGGGAAUCUCGCGGUUCCGGAGCAGCGAGCCCGGGUUGUCCAUGGAUUCCCGGCUCUGGUGGCUGGCGCUGCUCCCAGUCCUGGCGUUCCCGCGCAGUUCCCACCUGGCUGCAGGCGGAUUCCUCAGCGCUCCCAAAACUCCCGUCCUCGGAAUCAUCGGGGACAGGGUGGUCCUGCCCUGUCAGGUGGGAUCCGCGCCCGUUCCCGAGGAUUUCUCCAUCCGUUGGACAUUCCACAGCCAAUCCCAGCGGAUCCCCGUGAGCAGCUACAGCGGGAAGGGCUGGAGGGAGGAGCCAGAUGGAUAUCGGGGCCGGGGGGAAUUUUUCCACAGGGAAUUCCGAGCCGGGAAUGUGUCCCUGCUCCUGAGGAACGUCCAGAGCUCCGACCAGGGCACCUACAGCUGCGAGGUCUCAUUCCAAAAUGUGUCCCAGGAAGUGUCGGUGGAGCUGGAAGUGGCAGCCAUCGGAGAGGCUCCGUCCGUGAUCCUGCGGGGCCCGGAGAAGCAGGACCUGGGCGUCUCCUGCCGCACCUCAGGCUGGUUCCCGCAGCCGGAGUUGCGCUGGCUGGACGGACGCGGCAAAGUCCGGCAGGAGUCGAUGACCACGACGGCCACGGUGACGCCCGAGGGCCUCUUCAGCGUGGAGUCCUCGGUGAGGAUCCGCCCUGGGUCCGACCUGGAGAUCUCCUGCCGGGUGCUGAACCGCCGGCUCAACUCCGCCCGCCAGUCCCGGAUCCGCAUCCACGAGACCUUCCUCCCCUCCAUCUCCCGGUGGCUGCAGGUUUUCCUGGCGGUUUUGUUCCUCAGCCUGGCCCUGGUUUCCGUCAUUUCCUGCCUGCUCCAGCAUGAAGAAAAAGCCAAAAAACGAGAAGGUCAGCUGAAAGCCGAGCUGGAUUUCUGGGAAGCGCGGAGCCACGCGGUUCCCGUGGCGCUGGAUCCCGAGGCGCGGCCCCUGCACCUCGGGGACGCGCAGGAUCCGCUCCCGGCGCUGCUGGCGCGGGACGCGCUGGGAUCCGGGAAGCGCUACUGGGAGGUGGAGCUGGGCCGGGAGCGGAGCUGGGUCCUGGGGGUUCUGCGGGCCGGACCGAACCAUCCCCGGGAUCCCCGGGAUCCCCGGAAUUCCCGGGAUGAGCUCUGCGCUCUGCGCGCAUCCCAAGGGCGGCUCCUCUCCAGCCGCGGCCGCGCCCUCGGGGAGCUGCGCCCGGAGCUCUCCGCGCUCGGGGUGCUCCUGGAUCCGGAGAAGGGAAAAUUGGAAUUUUAUGAUGUGGAGAAGAAGGAUUUGGUGGCCGCGAUCCCGCUGGAGGAUCCUGCAGGAAUGUUUUUCCCGUUUGUCUCGCAAGGGAGGAGGGGACGAUGCGGGUCCGCCCCGUCCCGGUCCCGGUACCGCUGGCAGUUUUGGGGUCCCUUUUUUGUCGCCCCCCCUUUGGGGACGCCCCCGAGCCUCCCCCGCCCGCUCCACUCCGAGGGGCGUGGCCUCCGCUCAGGCCCCGCCCCCUCGCACUUCUCGCUCUCCCAUUGGUUCUAUGUUCUGUCAAUCACUCCCCCCGCCAACCAGCUUAGGGGCGUGCCCGCCCCAAUCCCCGCCUCUUUGCGCAUCGCGUCCUCCCAUUGGUUGAAUCUUUCUGUCAAUCAAAUUCCCGGGUUCCCGCCCCGCCGCUCUGUGGGCGCGGCCUCCCCGUGA